CAAACACUUCCAGCACAAUGGCGUUCAGGACUGCGGAAGAAACAUCAUCUGCUAUUAAGCAGCUGAAUUCUUCUCCUUCUUUAAAGAUACUAGACCUUGCCGAGACAUUAUCACCCAAAGACCUGCCACAGGUGUCUCAAAAACGAAAUUCCGCGGUGUCUGAAGACAGCGAACAGAACAGCGAUACACACCCUGCUGCGCUAGAGGCAGACUUGACUCACUACAAGGAGCUUUUCAGUAAACUUAGGUUCAGUUAUGUCGAACAGGUUACAAAGGAGAAAUUCCUACGAAACAUCACGGACAACCCACCUCGUUUUGUAGAGAACAACGAAAAUGAAGCAAAGGAGGCAGAGAUACUGGCUUCUAAGGCAGAGCUGAAGGAGCGGAAACUGGAAGUGGCGGAAAUCAUCAAGCAGUUAGAGGAGAAGGGUCGAGAGCUGGCGCUGCGGUACGAAGGGAUCCAGCUGCGCACCGCACGGCUAACGCAACUUCCUACCGACAUCGACAAUCUCCAAGUGAACAUAGAACGGCUUAGGCACGAGCAGAUUCCAUCGACCGAUAAUCCGGAAAUGGCGCUGCCUCUUCCCGAAACGCGGCGCCUAUUGCAGGAGCGAGAAGCAGAGCUGACCGCUCUGAAUGCCCAACUUGCAUCGUUGCAGGCUCAACUGCCCGGACGCGCACAAGAGCUCGACAAAUUAGAGCGAGAGUUGAAGCCUCUGGAGACUCAGAAACAGGGAACUGUUGCAGCUGCGAAAGAGGCGAAGCGACGAAGAGAAGAGGGAGGCGGAAUUGGGGAUGAGCUGGAAGAGAGAGGAAGAUGGCUGCGAGCUUCAGAGCAAGCUUUGAAAGAAAUGCUCGACAUUGAAGAUGAAAAUGGAGGCGCGAGGCACUAAUAUCUUUCUUUUCCUCGCAGGCGUUAUGGGUUGGAUCAGAAAGGGAUGAGAUACCCCAUGGUUAAUAGAUGCAUUUUCGAGUAAUUACCAUGAUCAUGGUUCACAGCACACAUAAUAGUUUG